AUAUAUAAUCAGCCAUAUUGUGCACAAGGAAAAUUAAGUGAUGGAUAAACAGAGAUGCAUGUGAGGUAUUUAUACGCCAUGGAGACAGCAACCCAACUACAAAAAAUAAAAGGUAGAUAACUUGAGGGAGACGGGAGGUCUUCAACAACAGACAGAUCUGUGUAAUUACAACAAGUCUAAUAAGUACUAACAACUUUAUAUAAAAUUUGCUGACAGCAAUGUUCACAGAAAAUUAAAUGUGGAAUAGAUGGAGAAUCAGAUGUUGUCUUUUUAUGGGACAGCAGUCCAACGACAAAAAAAACCCCGGCUUGGUGCAUACAAACAGUCUUUUGGAAAUAAACACAAUUUGCAAAAAUAGUUAACAUUUGCGCAUCAUUCAUCCAUAUCUGUCAGAUAUAAUUACAUAUUCGCUUCGCUGUAACAAAAUAUACAGAGAAAACUCGUGCUCAUGCAUGGACCAUUUAUUCAGAGCAUACGUAGUGGGAAAAGUUAAAGGAAGAAAUCAGAAAAGUCCAAGAGACGACAAACAACAUUCGAAUGUCAACGACAUUGCGGUCGCAACAUUGUGACGUUGUCCAGCUGAGGUACCUUGGCGACGUUCAGUAGAGUUGUCGCUUUAGUAGUAAAGAGAACGCUUAUAUUGGAACUUCAAUUUUUUUUGAAAAAAAUCAACUAUUCUUAAAGAUGGAGAGUAUUUCAAUUUCAAGACUUGACUUAAUCUUGAAGCAGUUUAUUAGAAUUGACCAGUAUAAAGGAUACUGUAGGCUUUUGAAGGAAUAUGCAAUGGAAGCAUUUACAGUAAAUGGAAUGCCAGCACCAAUAUAUGUAGCGAAGAGAAUGGCAUAUUCCCAGGAAAAUGACUAUUUCGGUAUGGUUGAAAUGAAGGACUUGUUGGUGCCACUUUGUAACACCGCCUAUCUUCUAAACUGUCAGACACCAGACAAUGCUGUCAUGAAAGAAAGGAUACCAAACUUUGACGUGACAUUUGAUUCUAGUAUUUGUCAAGAUAUUAUAAUAAUGGAGAAGGAAGUGAGUCGUAAAAUAAGGAGUCAUAUCAUAUGCCUGGAGGGACUCAGGGAUUUACAGAAAGAUUGUUGGUUCUGGGAAAAACGCCUGAAACACAGGAACAAUAGAAUGGACACUUUCUUGGAGAAAAACACAGAUGACGGACAAGAUGUUACUAGUAAGAGUCAACGCAAAUAUGAUAACCUAGUAUCAAAGCAGAGUGAGGUAGCAAAACGUUACAAAGCUAUACUGGUUUGCUUCCAAGAAAAAAUGGAAGAUGAGAAGAAACUGAGGACAGCUGUUUUGCAGAAAGUGGCUGCCAUCCGGGAAAAGUUGUCAUCUACCAUGAAAGAAAGCUUAAUCCAUGCCUACAGUGACAUGAUACAGGCUGCAUACAUGGCAACGGAACAAGAAGGAUUUAACUUGGUUGAUCAACAACUAAUAGCAGUUAAUAUUGAUGGCAUCGUUGAUAAGUUAUAUGAGAUAACAUCAGCCACCUACAACACACCAGUACCUGAGGAUUUUAUCCAAGCUACUGGAUCAUACGAAAAGUUGGCCGAUAUAUAUUACAAGAAGUGUGAUUUUGAAGUGCUGGGAAUAAAGAAUGCAAACUUCUUCAGAAAAUCUUCUGAGAAAAAAUCUUUGUUUGAAAAAAAGGAGAGUGGUGAAGAAGGCUGUUUCUUCCCCAUAAAUGGCGGAAUUCGAAUAAAUCCAGUUACACGUGAUGAAAAAAGCCGAGGAAUAACCAACAUCAAAGCAGGUUACCAAAUCAAAUUAAAGUUGUCUUUAAUGGAAGGAAAUGUGGGUUUUGGGUGGGUCAGACAGAAUGCAUUCUUUAGGAGGAAGGCAUGGGGAUUUUAUUUCUUAAGAUCAGAAGAUGCAACAACAACAUCAACAAAAGGUGUGACAUCAGAAACAUCACUCAAAGUUUUUCCAACAACUGAAGUUACCGAUAGUUCUUACGAUUACAGAGGACAGGGAGAUACUCCCUGUGUUAUAGCCGAGAACGAAAGCACAGAAAAGAAAGAUCAAGAAAAUGCAGUGGUAGUACCUAUGAUCAAGAAAACUAUUGCUGAAUGCAUUGAUGAAAUUAAACUUGAAGAAAACAUAUUGGUUGUUUGAAUUGAAAAAAAAACACAAUUAUAAGCCAAAUGAAUGAUUGAA